GAAGUAUCGCAACAAAAACAUUGAGGUUGUAGCACAAGAGCCGAGAAGAUGUCUCAUGUCGUGAAGAAAAGAAAAUUGGAUAAAACCCGGCAGGACAGACUGUACUUUGACAGCUAUACUGAUGUGACUAUCCACGAAGAAAUGAUAGCGGACCACGUCCGAACAAACACGUACCGGAUGGCGAUACUAAAGAACAGUGAGUUCAUACGGGGUAAAGUUGUCCUGGACGUCGGUGCAGGAACCGGUGUUUUAAGCAUGUUCUGUGUUCAAGCUGGGGCUAAGAAAGUCUAUGCCGUUGAAGCCUGUUCUAUCGCCGAGCAGGCGGUGAACAUAGUGAAACAGAACAACAUGGAGGACAAAAUUGAAGUCAUUCGAGGCACUGUGGAGACGGUAGACCUACCGGAGAAGGUGGAGGUGAUCGUGAGCGAGUGGAUGGGUUAUGCCCUCCUGCACGAGUCCAUGCUAAACUCGGUCCUCUACGCGCGCGACAAGUGGCUGAAGCCGGGCGGCAUCAUCCUGCCCAGCAAAGCCGAGCUCUACAUCGCACACAUCAGCGACACGGUGGUAGAGGACCGCUUACAUUUCUGGUACACCGUCAAAGACCAGUACGGUGUCGACAUGUCCUGCAUGUCUGACUUCGCCAGAUCGUGUAUCAUGAACUCCGACAUCACUGUGAACUCUGUGCACGUCGAGGACGUGCUCUCCCAUCCGGCCCGCUUCGCCGAGCUCGACUUGUACUCUGUCACCGUGGAGGAGCUGCGGUCGGUGAAGGGCAAGUUCAAGUGCGAGUCGUUCGGCUCGGCUGCAGUGAACGCUUUCUGUGUUUUCUUCACGGUGACGUUCCCUUGCCCGGACAAGCCACAGACGCUCGUGCUCUCCACGUCUCCGUUCAAACCGGAGACUCACUGGAAGCAGGCGGUGCUGUACCUCGACGCUCCGGUGGAUGUGGUGCAAGACACGGUGGUUACCGGAGAGAUCAGCAUGUUUCCCAAGGAGGAAAGCGCCAGACAUAUAUGUAUCCACGUGGACUACACGAUAGGAGAGCAUAAAAGACAGUCCAAGACUUUUUCUAUCCCUGACUGGAGCAGUGAAGCUCAGUCAUAGUGUAGCAUCAACAUUUAGUGUUCCAGUUCAAUCACCAGGCAACACACUCAAAGUCCUUGUAUUAAUAUCAGUCACUGAGAGUUUUGGAGGAAGUGGAGCAAUGACUGUGUCUUUGACCAGUGUGGUAAAUAAUCCAUAUCUAAAAACUAUAAGGUGACAGCUAUACAUAGGCUACACGUGUUCAUACAACGUUAGGUAUUUGAUGCAUCUCUUUAGGCUAAAGUUAUAAAACGUUUGGUUAAUUUGAGUCGACACAAACACAUGCGCUCUACAAUCAAUUUGUGAACUACAAUACAUAUUUUUAGUUUGGAAUUGUUUAUGUUGUUGUGAUUAUGCUUUUUAUUUUCACAAUACAGAAGUUGACGCCUAAAUUAGAAGAGGAACAAUGCACAUCCGUAACAUCUUUUUAACCUCACUUACAUGAUGUAUUACCCAUUUACACCAAAACAGUGCAGUAAUCCUGAGUGCUGAAACUAACUAGUAAUGUAUCGAUUAAUCAUAUCGUCUAUAGAAUUUCAGAAAAUAGGGAAAAGAAGAAGUUUUAAUGACCCAACUUUACUUUUACUAAUAUUGUUCUUACUUACUACUUUACAGUUGCAGACAGAGAAGAGCAGCACAUCCUUCGGUGUUUGGUUUUUGAAAUAUUAAUCCCUUCAACAAUCGUCAAAAGAGUUGAAGAUUGUUUUUUUUGUUCUAAUAUUUAGGUUUUAUUGGUGGAAAACAUUUGAGCAUUACUUUAAACUUGAAGUCUCCUGACUGAUGAAUAGUUUGAGGUGAGUGUGUAUCUCUGUAAAGCAGAGAGGCAGGUUUCACCACAAGUUUUACAAAAUGUUAAAUAAAUUCAAAGCCAUGCUGCAGACAUCUGAUAUUCUGAUACAUUAAUCAGGUUUAAACUGAUAUAUUGACUUGGAGUAGCUGCAGUCAGGCAUGAGGUGUUUCACAUUGGCUGGUUUUCAGUUUUUAAUAACAAACUUAAUUGGCUUAUUGUUUCGGUUUAAAACUAGCACACACUGUUGCCAGAAACCACCAACUGCAUUCAUAGUUCUACAGCAUUCUACAAAACAGCAAAUGCUAUUAUUUGUAGAAAGUAUUUUCUUUCCUGGAGAUUAAUGACUUUGCUGUAUCCAAAAGAGUUGUGAACAUUAGGUUUUUAUUUUUGAAAGUUAAUAGUUUGAUGGCUCGGUUUAACAAUGUGUCAGUGGUGUAUUCAAUAAAACAUGUAGUUUGUCACUGAUCAGUCAUUGAUUCACUUUCUUUUAGAGUGAGACCAGGAGAAUUGUUUACCAACUACAUUCGUUAUUGAACAAAUAGGAACUGUAAUAAAUGGUUUGACUGUU